UUGCACAAGCCUCUUCGUCAACACUUUUAACGAGGCCCAAAAGAGAGGAUGACAUCUUGUCAGUGGUUUUGUAUGGGGGCGGAACCACUGUGACCCACUAAACUGUCAAAGACUUGCCUCAUUCACACUUUCUGCAGUGAAAAAGGAGCAGUGGGAGCCUGCUUUAGCAGAGCUCUUCAGGAUUUAAUUUAUUUCAACCAACAAUAUCAGUAUUAAAGAUGCUAAUUAAUUUAAAGAGUAGUAAUUUUGUUUUAUUUUACAUAGUCCUGAUAAGUUUUGCAGCGCAACAAGCCCACUCCAGAGGAUCACUUAUUCAAGAUUCUAGGACAACAACAGACUUAGGUAACGCCCUAUGCAAUAAAAAUGCGAGUAUCGCAAUCUUCUUUAGGGAGACUUCAUCCAGACCCAGGCCGUUCAGUCACACCAUUGUGACGAUCGAUUUCCAUGUGACGAAUUACAGACUAACUUUUGGCGUCGACCCAAGCAGAGGACGAAUGCUGCUAACAGUAAAUGGACCUCAUAAUUUAGAACGGAAGUAUCAGAUUCCAGGAAAUUUAUCAGCUGGUGAACACAUCGCUAUAUAUGUUCCUGAUCCUAGAGAAUCUUCGCCUGCAAAUUUAAGAGUAUACGUGAACUGCACUCUACAUCAGACUAUUGAAUUGCCGAAAUCUAUGUUCGAUAUGCUCAAGCAUCAUACUGAAGUACAAGUGGAACGAGACAGAAAAAUGAAUGUAACAGUUUUAACAGGAAUUUCCUGGCAGAAAGCGCUAGAACUUAGUGGCUGCAAUGUAAGACAGGCUGCGCAGAGUACUCAACCGGAAUAUGAAGUUUAUUACAAUGUCAGAGAACAAGAAACACUGAUGCAUGCUUUGGGCGAACUCACAUUAGCUUUAAAGGAAUUGCGUUCCAGCAUGGAUUUUCAAAUCAGGGAGACAAAACAUUUAAGAGAAACUCUACAAAAUUGUGACAUGUGUCGAGGUGGUCGAACAUGCAGGGACAGACCAUGUUUUUCAGGAGUGACCUGUACUGAUACACCUGGAGGAUUUCGAUGUGGGCCUUGCCCCAGAGGUUUUCUUGGAGACGGCAUAACCUGUAGACCAGAGAAAACAUGUUUAGAUAGGCCUUGUUAUCCAGGUGUUCGAUGCUAUGACAGUGAAUCUGGAUUCAGAUGCGGGGCGUGCCCACUUGGUUAUACUGGUGAUGGGAUUGUGUGCAAACCUCUAGAUAAAUGCGCAGAUAAUCCUUGCAGCCCAGGUGUCCGUUGUACCAACAUUGAUGUACCACCAUGGUUCCGUUGUGGUCCCUGUCCAGAAGGAUUUUCAGGAAAUGGAACACAUUGCGAUGAUAUUGAUGAAUGCGAUUUGGCUAGUCCAUGUUUCAGAGACGUCUCAUGCAGAAAUACUGCUCCGGGAUAUCGAUGCGAUCCUUGUCCUGCCGGUUACACCGGGCCUGCUGUAGAAGGCAUUGGAAUUGAAUAUGCACUUACUGUUAAACAGAAUUGCUACGACGUAGAUGAAUGUAAAACGAACAAUGGAAGAUGUGCUUUGAAUUCCAAAUGUAUCAAUACAAUGGGCUCUUACGUUUGCGGAGAAUGCCGAGAGGGUUACAUCGGCAACCAGAGCGUUGGUUGUCACCAGCAUCCCGGAUCUUGCCCAGAUGGUACCAUUUGUGACCCCAACGCUGAAUGUGAACUCAGAAGAGGAUUUCUCAGCUAUCAGUGUAGGUGCCGAAUUGGAUGGGCUGGGGAUGGAUUUAUGUGCGCCCCAGACAGCGAUUUGGAUGGAUGGCCUGAUUUUGAUUUGAGGUGCAGUCAUCCAAGAUGUAAAGCGGACAACUGCCCAAUGACUCCCAAUAGUGGUCAAGAGGAUGCUGAUGGAGAUGGAUUGGGUGACGCAUGCGAUGAUGAUGCUGACAAUGAUGGAAUACCUAACAACCCGCCUCUGGACAACUGUCCAUUAACUCACAAUCCUAAGCAAGAGGAUACCGAUAUAGAUGGACCUGAUCGAAGGGGUGAUGCUUGCGAUAACUGUCCCAAGAUACCAAACCCGGAUCAGACAGAUUCUGAUGGAGACGGUGUUGGAGAUGCUUGCGAUUUAGAUUCCGACCAAGACGGAUUGGAUGACAGGGAUGACAAUUGCCCGCGUGUAACAAAUCCGGACCAAAGGGACAGUGAUGGUGAUGGACUUGGUGAUGUCUGCGAUAACUGUCCUUACGUUGCCAAUCCAAGUCAAGCUGAUCUUGAUAAAGAUUUAGUUGGGGAUGCAUGCGACAACAAUUUGGACAAUGAUUUUGAUGGCAUUCAAAAUAAUGUCGACAAUUGCCCAGAUAUACCUAACAGUGAUCAACUGGAUACUGAUGGAGAUGGAAAAGGCGACGUUUGUGACAAUGAUAAAGACAACGACGGCUGGCCGGAUAGCGAUGACAACUGUCCUUUGGUACAUAAUCCUGAUCAAAAAGAUACAAACCGUACUGGAGUAGGUGAUGCCUGUAAGAAAGAUUUUGAUGGCGAUGGCACAAAUGACGAUGAAGAUGUCUGUCCAGACAAUAGGAUGGUUUAUGCUACAGAUUUCAGGGCUUAUCAAACUGUGGUGCUGGAUCCUGAAGGAGACUCUCAAAUCGACCCUCACUGGGUUAUUUACAAUCAGGGGGCCGAAAUUGUCCAGACGAUGAACAGUGAUCCAGGCUUAGCUGUGGGAUUUCAUGCUUUCGGAGGUGUGGAUUUUGAAGGCACUUUCUUUGUUGAUACUGAAAUCGACGAUGAUUACGUAGGAUUCGUUUUCAGCUACCAGGAUAAUUCACAUUUUUACACCGUUAUGUGGAAAAAGAAGACGCAAACUUACUGGCAAGCCAUGCCUUUCAGAGCUGUGGCUGAACCAGGCAUUCAACUAAAAUUAGUAACUUCUGCGACAGGCCCAGGUCAGAUGAUGCGAAAUGCUUUGUGGCAUACAGGAGAUACACCAAAUCAAGUACGUUUGCUGUGGAGAGAUCCAAAAAAUGCUGGAUGGAGAGAAAAAGUUGCCUACAGGUGGCUAUUACUGCACAGGCCAAAAAUUGGUCUUAUCAGAUUACGAAUAUUUGAAGGCGAAAACAUGGUUGCCGAUUCCGGGAACAUAUUUGAUAGUCAGCUGAAGGGUGGAAGACUUGGCGUUUUCUGCUUCUCACAAGAAGCCAUCAUUUGGUCUGAUUUAGUGUACAGAUGCAAUGAGGCCGUUCCAUCUGCAAUCUAUAACGAACUGCCUCGUCAGCUGCAAAGCAUGACAGAGAUAGACAACACACGUUCCAAUGAAAUCAUUCAAGUGGGGCGCAGAAGGACUGGAGAUUUCCCCGCCGCAUCUGGACCCCAGAUGCAUGCUGAUCAACCCCAAGAGGAGGAAGAAAUUGUGGCAGAAUAGACUCUUUUUCAAAUCUUUAAAUGUCAAUAUUGUUGCUGUUGUAUAUUGUCCAUUUCUCUGGAAAACUGCUUCAUAUUAAGUUUCACUCGUGUUUAAAUUAUUCGCUAUGACACCAUCACAUUUCUAUCCAAGGGAAUAUUUUUGUAUUUUAUAAAUGUUUCUCUGAGCUGUUAUUUGGUCUUUAAAAUAAAAUUAUGUUAUUGGUAA